CGGUUAGAUGCCAUCCGAUCUCGUUCUCCCAGCCUCAUAUUUGGAUGCCAACCCACCGCAACAAGUGGGCCGGAGCCGCGCGCCAAAUCUGCUGUCUUACAAAUACCAAGACAAAACCAACAUUCAGACGUGACUCCCGCCCCCAUGGGUUUGAACGACACACGAGCUUUGUCGUGUGAGCGCGGGAAAUUUCUCGCUUCCUCGAAGCGCCAAGCUUCCGAGCAGCCCGCGCCCACACUGGAGCCUAGCGGCGGGGGCCUGGCCAACCCUGCAUCCGUAGACACCAUGGUGACACCGCAUGGUGUGAAACGCGCUCUUGGAAUGGCGCCGACCUGCGCGCCACGCGACAAGAAGCUUAAGCUCGAGGUGAAGGAGGGCGAGCACUGUGGUCAGGAGACGGAAGAAAACCCCGGGACUGUUGUUAUCCGCAGACAACGGUGCCUCGCUGUCCGUAGAAGCAGUCGCAGUGCGGCCUUGUCGCCUUUGAACACCGCAUCAGCGGAGCAGAUCCGGCAGCAUCUGCGUGACGUAAGGCGCGAGCUAUUUCUGCGUCCACUGCUGGCCAUCGUGUCCAAGCUCAUGUUCCACAAAGGGAAUCACGGUUUUUUUAACGUACGGGUAGAUCCAGUGGUGUGGAACAUUCCACACUACUUUGAGGUUGUCAAGCACCCCAUGGACUUGGCUAUCGUCAAAAACAAAUGCCUGAACCUCGAGUAUGCCACGGCCGAUGAGUGUGCAGAUGAAAUCCGCCUCGUGUUCAACAACGCCUGCUUGUUCAACCCGCCGGGGCACAUUGUGCACGAGUCUGCGGCGAUGCUGCUCAAGGAGUUCGAGUCGGACUACACCAAGUACAAGGCUAAAGCGGAGGCAAUGGCAAAGCGCCGCAACGAACAUUCAUGCCCGUUUUGCCUGGAUAACGUGUGCGGGAUCUGCAAUGAGAAGUGCAUCAACUUUGAGCCGCCCUUCGUCAUGUGCUCAGGUGCAUGCCGUCAGCGCAUUAAACGUCAUGCAGUGUACUACAAGACCCCCGAUGGACACUACCACUGGUGCUCUAAGUGCUUCACUUCGCUACCCAAGAUGCUAACGCUGAAAGUGGCGCCUUCUUCGAAUACAGACCACACAAUUACAACGCCAACGACGGAGUAUUCAUUAUCGAAGUUUGCUUUAUUGAAGGCCAAAUUCAUGGAUGAGCUCACGGAGCCCUGGGUGCAGUGUGACCAAUGCAGCGGCUGGGUGCACCAGAUCUGUGCGAUGUUCAAUGCUUGCGAGAACGCCGACGAAGAGGAAGAAGUGAUGUACACGUGCCCGCUUUGUCGUCUCGAGGAGCUUGAUGCUGAAGAGAAGAAUAACGAGCUGGGAAUGUCUCCGAUGGAAACAUCUGUCGAGGAUUUCCCCGUGAAAGUGGAUAAGGACUUCUUGAGGUCUCACAGCCCCGCGCUCAAGCGCAGAACAUACACGAAAGAUUUCACGCGAGCGCUCGGAUUUGAUGAGCAGAUCGAAGAAAAGGUGUUUGACUAUUUGACGCAAGGUGAUAUGGAUGCUGUGGACGCUAGCACCAUGUCGAGCUUUGUGACGAGCCAAGACCUGCAGUCAUGUGGUUUGUCGCGGUUUAUGCAGAAGUGGGUGCAGCAGCACUUGGAGAAUCUCGGUGAACACGAAGCAGCGGAGUCCAUUGCUGUGAAAGUGGUUUCCGCGAUCAAGAGUUCGUGCCAUGUGAGCUCAGUUGUGCGUGAAAACUUUCGGUCUCCAUCACAAGAGUACCCACAAACCAUCGACUACACCUCGAAGGUCAUCUUCGUCUUUCAGAUGAUCAACGGCGUUGAAGUCUGCAUCUUUUCUAUGUAUGUUCAGGAGUAUGAUAAGCACUGUCAGUUGCCCGCCAACCGAAACCGGACGUACAUUGCGUACCUUGAUAGUCUGGUGUACAUGCGUCCGCGUCAUGUUCGUACGAGCUUGUAUCACCAGAUCCUCAUCUCGUACCUGGCUUCCUGUAAAGCCAAGGGAUUUGAGUACGCGCAUAUUUGGGCAUGUCCUACCACGCGCGGAGGUGAUUUUAUUUAUUGGUGCCAUCCUUCUUUUCAGAAGAACCCUGGCAAAGAGCGCCUUCUUCAGUGGUACCUGAGCAUGGCCAAAAAGGCAAAGGAGCUGGGAGUCGUGUUUGCUUGCGACGACUUGUAUACACGCGAAUUCGAGCUCCUGGAAGAAACUCUUGAUACGCAGCUUCCCCCAUAUUUUGAUGGCGACUACUGGCCCAGCGAAGCCGAGCGGGUUGCCGCAUCGCCUUUAAAGAGAGGAAGAAAGGAACCAAACACUGCGGGUGCGUGCAGUGCAAAGUUCCGCAAGCGAGUCAGUGAAUCGGUGAAGUCGGCUUGUGAAUCGCUGUUUGUCAUUGCCUUGCAACCAACGUGCGCUGCCUGUAAGCAGCUGAUAGUCAACGCUGCUUACUGGCGAGCGCCCAGUGUAGACACAUACUACUGCAGCAAGUGCCAGGUAGUAGUAAAGACAACUGCUACUGCUUCUGGACAGGAGACAGUGCUUACUGAAGUCUCCUCAGCCAACUUUGCUGAAGCUUACAGCAAUAGCAAGACGGAGGAACCGGAGAUGUCGUGCCCGUUCCUUGACUACCGCCCCAACAUGCUAAAGAAUUGUGAAGAGCACCACUACCAGUUCGACAGCUUCCGACGCGCAAAGUACUCCACUAUGAUGCUCGUCUACCAGAUUUCCUCUGCACAGCGCUCUGCUCAUUAAGUGCACAUUCAGCAAAGUGCAGCGUACUUGCUUCGCCAUCCUCAGGACUUUAUUAGUAUUUGUUUAGUACAAGAAGAAAAACAGAAAAUAAAUGGGAAUUAAUGUUUGCGUGAAAGACCAGCCUUCAUUGGU